AUGAAUAAGCUCGAAAUUCUACAAUACAAUGUGAACAAAUCGCAACCAGUCAUGGCCUCGUUUCUCAGGGAUCGACGUGUGCAAGAAGCCAGCGUGAUUGCAGUUCAAGAGCCGUGGAAGAACACCCUCUCGAACACCACACACCAACCCAUAUCCUCGCUCUUCCAGCUUGUCUAUCCAAGCACGUGUCUAGACGAACCACCUGGUGUAUGCUUCUACGUAUCCAAGAACCUCUACCCAGGCGAGUGGUCUUGCACGCUCGUGGACCGUGAUUACCAGAUCUUGAAGCUCCAGAAGGCCCACGUGGACGGCAACUGGACGGAUCUCUUCGUGCACAAUAUAUACAAUCGGCAAGGCACAGGCAUGCCAGACAAGCUCCGUCAAGAGCUCUCGAAGCGGAAAGAAGUGGAGCAUAUCAUCGUGGGAGACUUCAACGCCCACCACCCAGUAUGGGGAGGCCCAGGAGCUCCUGCAGAGGCAGAAUCAGAGGAUUUCUUGCUGCUGGCUGACCAGUACAAGCUUGACUUGCUCACGGAGGCCGCUAGGCCCACGUGGGAGCGUGGAGACGUGCAGACGCCGCUUUUGAAGGCCCCAGAACGUCGAAAUUGGAGUGCCAUGGACGACAAGAUCCUCACAGAAUUCAUCGAAAAGCACGUUAUAUCACGAGAUCUGACCUCUCGCCAGCCAGCAACAGAAGCGGUUAAGACCGUACGCUAUCUCCGCCGGCAGUGGACUCGCUCACACGACCCACUUGACGAGCUCCGCUACAAGCAGGCCCGGAACGAUAAGAACCGGCUCAUCAAGGGCACGCUUAGCAAGGCCCACCGGAAGCGUGUACAGAAGGUUAUGGAAGAGGGCCCCCGUGGCAUGUGGAGACUGGCCAAAGUGGGCGCGGAACCAUAG